AUGGGAAGUAAUGGUGUCCGCUUCUCCGUUUCUGACCUCUCUCCACCUACCUCUCGCAUCCUCCCGACCGUCCACGUCCAUCGUAUAGGGAUAUCCCUUUAUGAUUCCCAGUUUGACGCUAAAACUGGCUCUCGGAUCCCAAUCCCUCCGGCCAUUAUCCGCGCCGUUGUGGCUUCCUUACUCCGUUUUCAAGUCGUCUGUGCUGAUCUAGGGGUAUCCGAAAACCAGAUCCGCAUCAUCGCGACCGAGGCAACGCGCGAGGCUAUUAACUCGAGAGAGUUCGUUACGACGAUCGAAAAAGAAACAGGUCUAAUUGUGGAGCUGCUACCAAAAGAAGAGGAAGGCAAAGUUGGUGCUUUAGGUAUUGCUAGUAGCUUCUCACAUGUCGGCGGCCUUGUGAUGGAUCUCGGUGGGGGAAGUACUCAAAUCACUUGGAUGAUCGCAAGUGAAGGAAACGUUGAGACGAGCCCUCAAGGAGCUUUUAGUUUUCCAUAUGGGGCUGCUGUGAUGACUAGGUUAUUAGACGAGAUCAAAGCUGGUAAGUCGAAGGAUGAUGCCAACAAAGCUAAGGCAAAGUUACGUGAGGAAAUGAAGUCGAAUUUCCGCAAUGCGUAUACCAAGCUUGAGAUUCCACAGAAGCUCGUCGACGCGGCGAAAGCCGAAGGUGGCUUCCAUCUCUAUCUCUCAGGAGGAGGUUUCCGAGGCUGGGGUUAUCUCCUUCUGUACCAAAGUCAGGUGCACGGCCAUCACUACCCAAUCUCUAUUAUCAACGGAUUUUUAGCCGGCAAAGAGCAUUUCGAAGAUACGGAAGGACUAAAGGAAAUUGCAAAGACUGCGCAUAAAAUAUUCCGAGUCUCAGACCGUCGGCGCUCGCAAGUACCUGCAGUUGCCUUUCUGGUCAACGUCCUGGCCGAAGCUCUGCCACACGGCAUCAAGGAAGCUCGUUUCUGUCAGGGCGGUGUUCGAGAAGGCGUACUAUUUCAAGAGCUGCCACACAACAUCCGCAAGGAGGACCCGCUCGAGGUCGCUACAGCUCCAUUCGCAAAACCCUCUGCUCGUGCGAUGGGAAAUCUCUUCCUUGCAUCGAUUCCUCCAACCUCAGAGGGCGACACUAGGUCGUUUCCGAGUUCUAUAUCCUUUGGUGUAGUCCGCUCGUUAGCGAACGUGUUCUUCGAGCACUCAGACCUUGCUAAAGAGUCCUCCUCAGGAGCAGCGCUCUAUAGUACGACAACGGGUAUACUGGCUGCUGCGCAUGGUGUUUCUCACAUGGAUCGCGCUCUCCUGGCGCUAAUGUUCGAAGAGCGUUUCGAAGGUGAACUACCACCUCGCGAAGCAGACUACAAAGCCUCUCUCAGAAGCCUCCUGACCUUCGAGCAAGUCUGGUGGACUCGAUAUCUCGGGAAAAUUGCAAUGAUGAUGGGCAGAAUGUAUCCCGCGGGGGUAAUUGAAGAAACUAAGCCGCGGGUACGAGUCUCGGCGCGGUGGGCUGCCGGUCUGGGGAAACAUGGGAACAAGGAUGGGCUGGAGGUGAAGUUCUCUAUCGCAAAACGACCAAACGACCCGUAUAUGUUGAAACAGAAUAUGGUUGACUUACUCCGAGUCGUUGAAAGGGUGGGGAGGCGGAAGAAUUGGAUCGGGGGAAAAGAAGGAUGGGGUAUGACCGUUAAGGUCGUGGUAGAAGAGGAAGACGAGGAAGACGAGGAAGACUGGCAGAUUGACGGUUGA